CCUGGCAUAUGGAUUUUCCAUUUACUUGUAGAUGCAUAAAAUAUGAGCAUGUAUGAUUUUUUUUUCUGGAAUCUAGGAAAAUGUUGUCAUCAAUUUUCUUUGACACCUAACACAAAAUAACAUCGGGGUUCUUCGUGGAAAACACCGUAAUUGUUGCAGAAGGAGUGAUGCUUCCUGAGGGUAUUUUUCAGGUCAAUACAUGUGGCUUUCCCCCUUUGGAGGACCGAGAUGUCUCACUUUCAUCACUUGUGGGACUUGACUUAUUUGGUGGUGGUGCUCUCUCAGCGGAAGAAACACUUAGGCUUGCAGAAUUGGAAAAGAAGGCAGUGAAUGAUAUGUUUAUCAUCCUCUCUGACGUUUGGCUUGAUAGUGAAGAGGCCAUGAAAAACCUAGCCACUGUACUGGAUGGUUAUGAAAGUGUGGAGGUUGUUCCUUCUUUAUUUGUUCUGAUGGGGAAUUUCUGCUCUCACCCGUGUAACCUUGCCUUCCAUUCUUUUUCAAGACUAAGAUUGCAGUUUGGAAAGCUUGGAGAAAUGAUCGCAGCCCAUCCACGAUUAAAAGAACAGAGCCGAUUUCUAUUUAUUCCGGGUCCUGAUGAUGUAGGUCCAUCAACAGUUCUACCAAGAUGUGCUUUACCAAAAUAUUUAACUGAGGAGCUCCAGAAGCAUGUCCCAAAUGCAAUCUUUACUAGUAAUCCUUGCAGAAUCAAAUUUUAUAAACAAGAAAUCGUAUUUUUCCGACAAGAUCUACUUUAUCGAAUGCGCCGUUCCUGUUUGAUUCCCCCUUCAACGGAAGAAACUAGCGAUCUAUUUGAACAUCUUGUUGCUACCAUUACUCAUCAAAGCCAUCUUUGCCCCCUCCCCAUUACUGUACAACCCAUUAUCUGGAACUACGAUCACUGCCUGCAACUGUACCCUGCUCCACAUACGAUAGUGCUAGGUGAUAGCAGUGAGCAGAAAGCAUUCAAGUACACAGGAAUUACAUGUUUCAGCCCUGGUUCAUUUUCCAAUGACAGCACAUUUGUGGCUUAUCGCCCAUGCACUCAGGAGGUUGAGUUGUCAGCCUUGUAAGCAGCCAACUGUAUGAAGCCUUCACUAGUUCUUUUUGGCUGGUCACCCUCUCCCACCUCCAAAACAUAUGCAGGCCCCCCCAACAAGAGGAAUUGGAUAAAACAUUCAGUAGCAUGAAAGGUGCAGUAUAACCAUGGAAAUGAAAAUUGGUGGAUCUUAGCCGGGGUGCAUAAACAAGGCAUUCAAAAAUUCUUUUUUCGUGGAGUAAAUAUAUUCAGUUUAUUGUAAUAUUUUAUUUAUAUUUUACUUGUUUGAGUCUUUCUAACAUUGGUGUAUUGACAAAUACUGAAUGUAAAUUGCUCAGGGAA